UCUAAAUAAAUAGGGUUAUGAUGAGCAUUAUCAUGUAAUCAAGUCAUACAAUUCAUUUUUAGAUUUUUGAUCGGUUGUCGACAGUGGCUAACAUCUAGUCUUUAGUUCUUACGAUCAUUCCACGUUCUGACAAAUUAUAAGUCAUCGGCGGCAUCAAUGUCAGAAAAUGCGCUGAGAAUACCAUUUUUCAAAUCGGAAUCUUUUCGUAAAAAUUAUGACGACGACGAUGAUGAUGAUGAGAAUUACUUGAAGAGUUCUUUUCUUGAACAACAAGCUGAUAGUUCUUUUCUUCAUUCUGUUAUCAACAUGUCAGGCGUGCUUAUAGGUCUUGGACAAUUAGCAACUCCAUAUGCUAUACAAAAUGGUGGAUGGGUAUCUGCUUUUCUCCUUGUAGGGUUUGGGGUGUUAUGCGCAUAUACAUCAUAUAUUCUAGCUGAAUGCCUCAAAUACGAUCUCAAGUCAAAAAAUUACUUCGACAUUGGAUACCAUGCUUUUGGAAAGAAAGGGAGAAUCAUAGCUUCAACCUUUAUUUACUUGGAUAUCUUUAUGGGUCUUGUAUCUUACACAAUUUCACUAAAUGAUAACUUGAGUACAGUGUUUACUGGAAUCAAUCUAGAUGUCUCGUGGACUUCUCUAUCGACAACUCAGUUUUUAACUGUUAUUGCUGUUGCAAUUGCAUUGCCUACUUUAUGGUUAAGAGAUCUCUCUAAAAUAUCAUUCCUUUCGACAUUAGGUAUUAUCCUAUCACUUAUGAUCUUUAUCACUGUUGGAUGCACAGCCGUGUUCGGUGGUGUCAAAGCUAACCAAACAAUACCUGCUCUUCAAUUGGAGAACAUUCCAGCAGUAUCUGGUUUGUACAUAUUUGGUUUUGCUUCCCAUAUGGUGUUCCCUGACAUUUACAAGUCCAUGAAGGAUCCUUCUAAGUUCACCAAGGUCUCAGUUGUAAGCUUCAGCUUAGUGACAUUCUUGUACACGGCAUUGGGCUUCAUGGGUGCAAAAUUAUUCGGCCCUGCAGUGAGCUCGCAAGUCACACUCAGCAUGCCUGAACAUCUCAUCUUUACAAAAUUUGCUUUAUGGGCAACUGUGCUAACGCCAAUGACCAAAUAUGCUUUUGAACUCUUACCAAUAGCAUCACAAAUCGAGCAUAAACUUCAUCCCUCAUUGAAUUCUAAGGCAAGGAUGUUUAUUCGAGUAGCUGUAGGAUCAUUACUCUUGAUAUUUGUCUUAGUGUUAGCCCUGACAGUCCCUUACUUCGAACGCGUCCUUAGCCUCACCGGCUCCCUUGUUAGUACUGGUGUUGCUAUUGUUUUUCCUUGUGCAUUUUACAUCAAGAUAUUUUGGUCUGAACUCUCAAAACCUAUUUUAGUUCUUAAUUUCUUCUUCAUAGGAGUUGGUGUAUUCUUUGGGGUAUUGGGUACUAUCUCAUCUACUAAAUCACUCCUUCGAGAUUUUACAAAUUAAUUUAGCAACUCAUUGGUUUGAAAGGUUAAAGUAGAAAAUUCAAUGUCUUUUGUUACACUUUGCUCUUUAAAUUCUUGAAACAAGAAAUGGCUCCUUAAAUUCUUGAAACAAGAAA